AUGGCACCCAAAUCAAGCAACUACGCCUCCAUUAUCAUUCCAGGCUCUUUCACGCUCCCGGGGUCCUACACGAAGCUCAUCGCAGCCCUCCAAUCGACCACCAACGCCCCAGCAACCGCCAUUUCGCUCCCCUCCGUCAACGAUGGCACCAAGCUCCCACCAGCAACCCUAGAAGACGAUGCUGCGCUCGUUCGUGCCUCAAUCCUCGAAGCACUGGACUCCCCCACCGACCCGCGAGAUGUGGUUCUUAUCUGCCACUCGUACGGUGGCCUCCCAGGUACCUGCGCUGUAGAGGGACUCACUCGUUCCGUACGCGCUGCACAGGGUAAACCAACCGCCGUCGUGGGAAUCGUCUAUAUGGCCGCAUUCAUCCUACCCAAUGGGACGUGCAUGCGAGACACGAUGGGUCCCAUUGCACCGGAGGAGUAUCGAAUCGGCGUGCGUGGAGGUUACCUUCCUGCGCCCCCAGCCGAGCUGAUGGUUGCUUGUUUCAAUGAUGUCCCUCGCGACGAGGCACUAGAGUCGUUGAAGCAGACGGCGCUACACAGCUCCGAUAGCUAUGAUGGGAAAGUGUGGUUUGAAGGAUGGAGGGAGGUGCCAAGUUUGCAGAUCCUGCCGGGAGGUGAUGUAAUUAUCUCGAGGGAGAAGCAUGAGGAGAUGUUUUUGAAGACUAAGGCGGCUGGAGCGAACAUUGUGCAGAAGGUCUUUGAUGGUGCCAGUCACGGACUGAUGCUGAGUGUUCCGGAUAAGAUUGCGGCUGCGAUCGGUCAGUUUGUGGAUGGUGAGCUGUGA